AUGCAUUUCUUUGUUUGUGUGUUUGAGGUUGAGUAAAGCAGACAGGGAAUAGUAGACUGCAGACCGAGACAGAGGGGACAGAAAGGGGGCAAGUAAGAGCAGAGGAACCUGAGCAAGCCUGUAAGAGAAGAAGACUGAUUCUUGAGUGUGUUAUCGUCAGUGCUAGGAUGGCUGGAGUAUGGCGUUGCAUGUUGGCAGUGGUGGCAUUGAUGUGUGUGUGUCUGUGGGGUUCCACUGAGGCUGUGGGGGGGGCUAAGAGUCGCCCCCGACCCCAAAGACGACCUCCUAAGAAGCCAAAGGUCGACCCUAUUGACGCGACCCCACCUGCACAGAACAUAGACAUACAGCGGAUGACUGGAACAUGGUACCUGCUGAACACUGCCUCCAAAUGCUCUUACCUGAUAAAUCAUGGAACCAAGGUGGAACCUACAGUCAUGACCCUCACACGCUCUAACCAAACACUGUCUGUUAGCACUAAAACACGACAUAAUCACCAGUGUUGGGAGAUAUUACAGGUCUACCAUCUAACACCAACCCCAGGCCAGCUAACACUUAAAGGAGCUCGUCCUGAGCUGAACACUGAGAUAGUGAUCGGGGAGACAGACUACGAAUCCUAUGCGAUCAUGUACUACCAGAAACAGGGCAAGAUCACCAUAAAACUCUAUGGCAGGUCUGUAGACAAUCUGUCAGAGCCAAUGUUGACCAAGUUUGAGCAGCUUGCUGAAAAACAAAAUUUGGGACUGGCAUACCUCUUCCCCUUCCCCACCUACAGUCACUGUGGUGCUGUGGACCGAGACCAUGUAAUCAACUGUGUUCCCACAUGCUGAAGAGGCAGAGCUGUGCAACCGACAAAUCCAGCCUUGCAGUGUUCUGCAGUUCACACGCAAAUAUCUGGAUAUUGUAUAAUUAAAAAAUGUGAACAUCAGCAAGAAGGCUGUUGAAAGGUCUUAAAAUAGUAAAACUCACAACUUUAAAAUGUUACCGAUUACAGAUAAAAAAAUAAAUCAAAAUGGAGCACAA